AUGUCAAUACCUGGAGAAGGAAUCGAAAUAAUUGUACCUUCGGUAUCGGAUGCAACGUUUAAAUAUACGUGGCGUAUAAAAAAAUACGGAAAGAUAAACAAGAAAAAAGAUUUUUUCGACAGUUGUCCGUUCGAAUAUAAUGCCAAUGGAGAAAAAACAAAUUGGAGUUUGUCCAUAAGAUACUGGAAAGGUGCGGAAGGGAAAAGAUUAAACAAUCCUGUCGUUUUAUGUUUGAAUCUUUUAAACAGUGCGGUACGCGAACCUAAACAGGUAACGGGAGCGUUUCAAUUUGGAAUUUAUAAUACGGGAUCAAAACAAUGGGAAACAUGUCCGUCGAGUCGAACCGUUUUAAAUAUGCCAUCGUUAGAACUCAUGUCUGUCGGAUAUAGAGAUUUAAGCAUUCACGAUCGACAUUUAGAACUUAAAACAAAAACGAUGAACGUUUUCGUCAAAAUAAAACUCAUAUUCACGGAAAUGGAAAUAAAUAGUUUAAAUCAAGAUUUGAAAAGAUUACUCGAUUCCGCCUCGUCCACGGGGGAUGUCGUCAUCAAUUGUUCCAAUUCUCGCAGGAUACCUGCUCAUAAAUGCAUUUUAAUAGCGAGAUCUCCAAUAUUAGAAGAGAUACUAUUACACUCGAACGAAAUUAAUAUGGAAAAUUUAUCUGGAGAAGUAGUGGAAGAAAUACUCAGAUACCUUUAUACGGAUCGAAUUGAUAAUUUAGAAAGUCACGCGAACGUUCUCAUAUCAAACGCAGAUAAAUUAGGACUUCCGGGUUUGAAAUCCGUAUGUGAAAGAUUUUUAAUAGACUCGAUAAAACCGGAAAACGUUCCUUCGUUACUCCUACUUUCCGAACAAUUUUCCUGCGACAACCUUAAAAAAGCCGUUAUGUUAUACUGUGAAGAUAAUCCGAAUUCGAUCAAUAAAACAAUGGCGUGGAAAGUAUUGGAAAAAGUAAAUCCAGAAUUGUUUGUGGAAGUUUGCGAAGCAGGUUUGGGCAGUUCGAUCUCGAGCAAUUUGGAUAGCGAUCCAGAUUCAAACGAUUUAGAAGAAAAAGCUUAA